UGUUUUUAUCUUUGGUUUUUCAAACAAUGAAACAUAGGAAUUGUCACUCAUCUACAAACUUAACAAGAAGAGACCUUGUUAUUUCCAACAAUUUUCACAUGUAUAUAGUACUAAACAGCAGCACGGCAUAGCUAUAAUCAAUGAAGAUUGCAAUUCAUUUGUCUCUUCAUUUCAGUCUACUUUUUUUCGUGUCUUGCUACGGAGGUGAUGUAUACGACCCUCUUGAGAACGCUUUAAAGAUCCAACGUUCUAGAAGAUCGGUGCUGAAUCAUGUAAGUAAUGAAGAUCACUCAGCCGAGUAUUCAACCUCACCGGUCUACAUGGGCCCACAAGAUGGGUUGAAGGGUGUGGACAAGAUAUCCAGUUUGCCAGGUCAGCCAGCUGGAACAGACUUUGACCAGUACUCAGGGUAUGUGACCGUUGACCCAAACCAUGGGAGAGCACUGUUUUACUAUCUCGCAGAGUCACCUGCCAACUCUUCCACUAAUCCUCUUGUACUUUGGCUCAAUGGAGGGCCAGGCUGCUCUUCGUUUGGAAACGGGGCCAUGAAGGAACUUGGACCGUUUCGAGUCAAUGCUGAUAAUACAACACUGUCACAUAAUAAAUAUGCAUGGAACAACGUUGCAAAUGUCCUUUUCUUGGACUCCCCGGCUGGAGUUGGAUUUUCUUACUCAAAAAAUUCUUCAGAUUAUAUAACUGGGGAUGCACAAACAGCAAAAGAUUCGUAUACAUUUCUAGUUAAUUGGUUAGAGAGAUUCCCAGAGUACAAAACUAGAGAUUUCUACAUCACGGGAGAAAGCUAUGCAGGGCACUAUGUACCUCAACUUGCACAGUUAGUUCUUCAAAACAACAAGAUCACCAAUCAAACUGUCAUUAACCUUAAAGGAAUUGCUCUGGGAAAUGCGUAUGUUGAUGAUGAAACGGCAAACACAGGAAUAUUUGAUUAUUUCUGGUCACACGCGAUCAUUUCUGAUGAAAUCCACGACGGAAUCAUUUCCAACUGCAACUUUUCCGAGGGUGCAACCCUAACAGAUGCAUGUGAAGACUAUCAAAUUAAGGCACGCGUUGCUAAGAGCAACAUCUUCUUCUUUGACAUCUAUACUCCUUUAUGCUCACCAUUUAGCAAUAGCACCCCAUCGAUAUCAGGUUUUGAUCCAUGCACCGAGAAUUAUAUUCUAGGAUACCUGAAUGCUCCUGAUGUGCAACAGUCGCUUCAUGCAAAACCGGUUCAAUGGGAAUCUUGCAACAUGUUCGUUAAUACACAUUGGCAAGACAUGCCUUUUACAGUUUUACCUGUGAUUCAAGAUCUAAUGGCCAGUGGAAUAAGUGUUUGGAUCUACAGUGGAGAUACAGAUGGGAGAAUACCCGUGACAACAAGUAGGUAUGAUAUAAGCAAACUACAAACAUCAGUCAAGACACCAUGGUACCCAUGGAUGUACCAAGGCGAGGUUGGUGGAUAUGUUGUGGGAUACGAAAAUCUGACAUUUGUUACCAUAAGAGGGGCUGUACAUUUUGUCCCAAGCUACCAACCAGGGCGCGCUCUAGCAUUCUUCACUUCCUUCUUGGAGGGAAAGCUUCCUACCGAUCACUAAGUAAAACUUUAAGAAUAGUAUGUUAAGAUUUAUCUUCAAACAUGUGUUCAAGUUAUGACUUUUGUUGUGAGUGAUGAUAAGUUGUAUUGCAUCUACGAUGUUUUCGUCUUCUACUUAGUAUUACAUGUGCAACAUUUACAAUAUAGCGUGAUGAUCAGAAUUGUAAUGCUAGCUAUACAGGGGCAUUUCUACAAA